AUGUAUUUAAUCGUAGAUGAUCUUGUUAAGUCAAUUUGCAGCUCCCUGCCAAGAUACCAGGAUUCUUUGAGGAACCUUAUGCGACAUGGGUAUGAAAUCGUGGGAUACGCUCGCAAAUCUCCUACCGACGAUAAUAUUGAUAAUAGAAUCAGGCUUAUUCAAUUAAUGACAACAAAUUUAUGUAAAUGA